AUGGCUGAUGGCAACGCUGCCUUUGACCUCAACGUUAGAUUAGAAGAAGAUGACGACGACGGCUUCGAUCUUAACAAUGCUGUUCAUUUAGAGGACGACGGCGGCGGCGGCAACAUUCCCUUUGACCCCGUCGAGCAUGGAGAUGACGACGGCAACGCUGCCUUUGAUUUCAACGAGCAUGACGAUGACGACGACAACAGUGGUUUCGAUCUGAACGAACCUGUACAUGAUGAGCAUGCCAACGGAUUCGAUUUGAACCUACCACUAGAUGAAUUUGGAGCGGUUGAUUUUGAUUAUGUACAAAACCUAGCUGAUCAUGCCGAUCAAGUAGUCCAACCGAAGCAUGACUAUUCUGAUAAUGUUAGACAACAAGUGUACCAAGCACUUUUGAUGAGAAGCAAGAAUGGGCGUCUAGGUAAGCACGAUACAACAAUUGUUUCUGAGCAAUUUGGAGUAAAGAUUAGAACAGUGCAACGCAUAUGGAAGAGAGGUAAAAACCAACUUGCAAAACAUUCCGGUCAAGGUUCCUAA